AAAAAAGUCUCUAAUCGUAUACACUAUACUCGUAGGUUUGUCUAUGCGACGAGAUGAAAAAAUAAACGUAUUCCGUCGAAAACUAAUUUACAAUUAAAUCUACGCUGUUGCUUUUGUUAAUAAUUAAAAACCGGUCAGCGUAAACGUCACAACGUGCAACUCUAAACGUUGAUGCAUAUGGCAGCGCAUGCCAAAAGUGGACCGCUCUACUGCGGGGUCACCUUGAUUGGUGUCUUGUGUCUGGUCGCAUUCCGCUUGCUGCCAGGCACACCUUUCGGGGUCUACGCUCUGCCCGAGGAGAGGAAUUAUCAUCAACGCGAUGGCAUCCACACGCCCUGCACCUUCUUCGACACGGUCAAUGUGACGGGGGAUAUGCGCUUCGACAACGGCAGCUACCUGCACGACGGCGUCAUCAUUCCCAGGCACCUAGUCGGGCUAUACGACUACAUCUACAAGGAUUUGGUGGAGAGGGUGGAGGUGACGCCCCACAUGCGUGGCUGUAUCUGUAAGCUGAAGUCCUGUCUGAACAUCUGCUGUCCCUGGGGCAGUGUCUACGACAGUGGUAGUGGGGAGUGCCGCAACGGCACUCAGCACCUGUGGCCGGAACCCUUCCUGAAUGUUACCUUCAGCAACUAUUCUCUGCAGUCGGUCAACAUUUUCAAGCAGUACGUUGUACAGCAAUUCAGGCCCUGCGUGGAGAUGUUUUCAUUGCAGCCGGAGCUGAAUGCCUACGACUCGUGGCUGCUCUUUGAAAACGGCACGAUGCUACGCGAGGACGACAUGACCUACAUAAGCAAAAAUGAGUUUUGUCUAGUGCCGACGACAGUGAAUGAUACCGAUAUAUAUUACAGCAUCAAUCCAGCCAAUUGCGACGUGAUGAGCGAAUACGGAACCGUGAAGAUUAUCAAUGCAUAUACCAUGCUGUUCUCGAUACCCUUCAUGUUGCUGACAAUUGCCGUUUAUCUGCUUAUUCCGGAGCUACGCAAUCAGCAUGGCAAGUCAUUGGUGUGCUACCUUUUAGGUCUUUCCGUCGGCUACUCGACACUGUGCUGCGUGCUAUUGAUAAAGCAUUUGAAUCCGGAGGGCAUGUCCUGCAAAGUUUUCGGAUACACUGCCUAUUACUUUUUCAUGUCGGCCUUCCUUUGGCUAAACGUCAUCAGUUUCGAUUUGUGGCACAACUUCCGGGGCACACGGGGCGUCAAUCGGUUCCAGGAGAAAAAGAGAUUCCUCUUCUACUCCCUGUACUCGUGGGGCUUGGCCCUGGUGUUUCUGGUUUUCACAUGGUAUGCCCAGGAAAAGACCGAUUGGCCAGCUGAGCUAAAGCCGGGCAUUGGAGCUGGCAUCUACUGUUGGCUAGACAUGCACAACUGGUCCGCUAUGAUAUACUUCUUUGGGCCCAUACUUAUUAUCAUUGUGGCAAACACCGUCAUGUUUGUGAUGACGGCCAUUAAAAUCCACACAGUGCAACGCGAGAUGGCUCGGAUUAUAGCUCGAGAGGAUAGCACCAAGAAUUUACGCACCGAGAAGGAUAAAUUCGGCCUAUUCCUACGCCUGUUCCUCAUAAUGGGCGUCACCUGGUCCUCCGAGAUAGUAUCGUACUUUGUGGGUGCCGACAAAAAACUGUCAAAGGUCUUCUACAUAUCAGAUCUGUGCAAUGCCAUGCAAGGUUUUCUCAUAUUUAUGCUGUUUGUGCUAAAGAAGAAGGUUAAACACUUGAUAACCAAUAGAUACUCUAGCACACGCGACAGCAGCAAUCAACGCCAGAGCCAGUACUCCACCAAGACAACAUCGAGCAGUGUGGCGAACCUAUCGCUGCAUGAGAAGUACUCCGCAGAAAAGCCCUUUAUCACGUCUCAGGAGCAACGCACUACCAGCUUCCGCUGAGAGCCAUAUGUAGAAUACAUUCUUGGAUAUGUCAAUUGGAUAUCGAUAAAAGCGCUCUAGUCCAAAGUACUUUAACCUAUAACCACAGCACUCCGCUCACUACGUUGAUUCAGUUGCCUUGCGUUAUGUGCUAAGCAUCGAAUAUUUGAGGAGGCCUUUGCGUCAGCCACAUCAGCCAUAUUAUAGCAUUAUUAUCCUGUUACUUUUAUUCAUAGACUAUAAAAAGACAUUAUGCUAAGAAUUUGUGUGUAGAAACUCUCAUAUUAACUACUAUACUUGUAUGUGUUUGUGGUAGAUGCUUUAUGGAUUCAUGUGAUGAUUUUCUUAACAGUUUCUCCAUUACUCGUAUGUUUUUUUAGUUCUCUUGCGAGGACUUUCUUAGUUUUGUAAGUCAUCCGAAAAACGCCAUAUCGAGUUUUCAUCAGAAAAUAUAGUAAAGUAAAACAUUGA